AUGACUUCUGUUAAGAGACCAGUUUCUUUCACCCGCGACACCAGCUCUCCCGAAGAUGGUCAAUGUGGCAGAGCGUCAAAGGCUGUUCUCGAGCAAUUCAACUCCGUCUUCUCGACCGCUACAACUGUGCCUGAACCCAUUAUCAUUCACGAGAAGAUCUGGGCCGAGGAGCCAUUCUUCUUCGGUGCUCCACCUCAUGUCAUGCCCCCCGGCGUGCUAACGUCCCUCAGCUCGGACGUGCUACGAGAGUCCGUUGAAAAUAUUCGCUUCGUCGGCACGGAAACUUUUGUUAUUAAGAAGGACCACAUGAGUGGGCGCCAUUAG